AUGGUUCGAGAACAGCUUCAGCACCAGAACAUAGAGGCAUACUGGAAGUCGAAGAACAGUGGCUACGAUGUCCUUGUCAACGACAAGGAAAAGGGUAGUAUCAUUAUCAAUCAUGGUGGCAUCUUCAUCAACGACGGUGGCAUUCUCGAUAAUUGGAAAUGGCCCGCUAUAUCCGGUCUCGGCAAGUUUGAAGGUGUCCUCCUUCAUAUCAAGGUUACCGAGCGCGGAUUGGCCGGUCUCCCUAUCUACUUCCUCAUGCUCAGCCCUACUUGUCCUAUCAGCAACAACCUCAUACUCCCCGUCAUCGAGUCGCAGGCUGAAUGGAUAUUGAAUGUCGUUAACCGAUGCCACACCAACAGUAUGGUUGAGAUGUCCUGGAAACCGCUUCGCAUGGCUCGAUAG